CACUGUCUGUAUUUGCCUCUGUCGGUAUGUGCCUCUAUCGGUAUGUGCCUCUAGCGGUGUGUGCCUCUAUCGCUGUGUGCCUCUAUCGGUGUGUGCCUCUAUGGGUGUGUGCCUCUAUCGGUAUGUGGCUCUAUCAAUAUGUGCGUCUAUGGGUGUGUGCCUCUAUCGGGGUGUGCCUCUAUUGGUAUGUGCCUCUAUCGGUAUGUGCCUCUAUCGGUGUGUGCCUCUAUCGGUAUGUGCCUGUAUCGGUAUGUGCCUCUAUCUGUGUGUGCCUCUAUCGGUGUGUGCCUCUAUCGGUAUGUGCCUCUAUCGGUAUGUGCCACACUGUCUGUAUUUUCCUCUAUCGGUGUGUGCCUCUAUCGGUAUGUGCCUCUAUCGGUAUGUGCCUCUAUCUGUGUGUGCCUCUAUCGGUGUGUGCCUCUAUCGGUAUGUGCCUCUAUCGGUAUGUGCCACACUGUCUGUAUUUUCCUCUAUCGGUAUGUGCCUCUAUCGGUAUGUGCCUCUAGCGGUGUGUGCCUCUAUCGGUGUGUGCCUCUAUCGGUGUGUGCCUCUAUGGGUGUGUGCCUCUAUCGGUAUGUGCCUCCAUCAAUAUGUGCGUCUAUGGGUGUGUGCCUCUAUCGGUGUGUGCCUCUAUUGGUAUGUGCCUCUAUCGGUAUGUGCCUCUAUCGGUGUGUGCCUCUAUCGGUAUGUGCCUGUAUCGGUAUGUGCCUCUAUCUGUGUGUGCCUCUAUCGGUGUGUGCCUCUAUCGGUAUGUGCCUCUAUCGGUAUGUGCCACACUCUCUGUAUUUUCCUCUAUUGGUAUGUGCCUCUAUUGGUAUGUGCCUCUAUCAGUAUGUGCCUCUAUCGGUGUGUGCCUGUAUCGGUGUGUGCCUCUAUGGGUGUGUGCCUCUAUCGGUGUGUGCCUCUAUCGGUGUGUGCCUCUAUCGGUGUGUGCCUCUAUCGGUGUCUGCCUCUAUCCGUAUGUGCCUUUAUCGGUAUGUGCCUCUGUCAGUAUGUGCCACACUGUCUGUAUUUUCCUCAAUUGGUAUGUGCCUCUAUCGGUACGUGCCUCUAUCGGUGUGUGCCUCUAUUGGUAUGUGCCUCUAUCGGUAUGUGCCACACUGUCUGUAUUUUCCUCUAUUGGUAUGUGCCUCUAACGGUGUGUGCCUCUAUCCGCAUGUGCCUUUAUCCGUGUGUGCCUCUAUCGGUGUGUGACUCUAUCGAUGUGUGCCUCUAUCGGUAUGUGCCUCUAUCGGUAUGUGCCUCUAUCGGUAUGUGCCUCUAUUGGCAUGUGUCACACUGUCUGUAUUUGCCUCUGUCGGUAUGUGCCUCUAUCGGUAUGUGCCUCUAGCGGUGUGUGCCUCUAUCGGUGUGUGCCUCUAUCGGUGUGUGCCUCUAUGGGUGUGUGCCUCUAUCGGUAUGUGCCUCUAUCGGUAUGUGCCUCUAUCAAUAUGUGCGUCUAUCGGUGUGUGCCUCUAUCUGUACAUGCCUCUAUUGGUAUGUGCCUCUAUCGGUAUGUGCCUCUAUCGGUAUGUGCCUCUAUCGGUAUGUGCCUCUAUCGGUGUGUGCCUCUAUCGGUAUGUGCCUCUAUCGGUAUGUGCCUCUAUCUGUGUGUGCCACACUGUCUAUAUUUUCCUCUAUCAGUGUGUGCCUCUAUCGGUAUGUGCCUCUAUCGGUGUGUGCCUCUAUCCGUAUGUGCCUUUAUCGGUAUGUGCCUCUAUCGGUAUAUGCCACACUCUCUGUAUUUUCCUCUAUUGGUAUGUGCCUCUAUUGGUAUGUGCCUCUAUCAGUAUGUGCCUUUAUUGGUGUGUGCCUGUAUCGUGUGUGCCUCUAUCGGUAUGUGCCUCUAUCGGUGUGUGCCUCUAUCCGUAUGUGCCUUUAUCGGUAUGUGCCUCUAUCGGUAUGUGCCACACUCUCUGUAUUUUCCUCUAUUGGUAUGUGCCUCUAUUGGUACGUGCCUCUAUCAGUAUGUGUCUUUAUUGGUGUGUGCCUGUAUCGGUGUGUGCCUCUAUCGGUAUGUGCCUCUAUCGGUGUGUGCCUCUAUCGGUAUGUGCCUCUAUCGGUGUGUGCCUCUAUCGGUGUGUGCCUCUAUCCGUACGUGCCUUUAUCGGUAUGUGCCUCUAUUAGUAUGUGCCACACUGUCUGUAUUUUCCUCUAUUGGUAUGUGCCUCUAUCGGUACGUGCCUCUAUCGAUGUGUGCCUCUAUAUGUAUGUGCCUCUAUUUGUAUGUGCCUCUAUCUGUAUGUGCCUCUAUCGGUAUGUGCCUCUCUCGGUAUGUGCCACACUGUCUGUAUUUUCCUUUAUUGGUAUGUGCCUCUAUUGGUGUGUGCCUCUAACGGUGUGUGCCUCUAUCCGCAUGUGCCUUUAUCGGUGUGUGCCUCUAUCGGUGUGUGAAUCUAUCGAUGUGUGCCUCUAUCGGUAUGUGCCUCUAUCGGUAUGUGCCUCUAUUGGUGUGUGUCACACUGUCUGUAUUUGCCUCUUGUUGGUAUGUGCCUCUAUCGGUAUGUGCCUCUAUUGGUAUGUGCCUCGAUUGGUAUGUGCCUCUAUUGGUAUGUGCCACACUGUCUGUAUUUGCCUCUAUCCAUAUGUGCCUCUAUCGGUAUGUGCCACACUGUUCGUAUUUUCCUCUAUUGGUAUGUGCCUCUAUCGGUAUGUGCCUCUAUCGGUAUGUGCCACACUGUUCGUAUUUUCCUCUAUUGGUAUGUGCCUCUAUCGGUAUGUGCCUCUAUCGGUAUGUGGCUCUAUUGGUAUGUGCCUCUAUUGGUAUGUGCCUUUAUUCGUAUGUGCCUGUAUCGGUAUGUGGCUCUAUCGUUGUGUGCCUCUAUCCGUAUGUGCCUUUCUCUGUAUGUGCCUCUAUCAGUAUGUGCCACACUGUCUUUAUUUUCCUCUAUUGGUAUGUGCCUCUAUCGGUAUGUGCCUCUAUCGGUAUGUGCCUCUAUCGGUGUGUGCCUCCAUCCGUAUGUGUCUCUAUCGGUACGUGCCUCUAUUGGUAUGUGCCACACUUUCUGUAUUUUUCUCUAUUGGUAUGUGCCUCUAUCGGUAUGUGCCUCUAUCGGUAUGUGCCUCUAUCGGUAUGUGCCUCUAUUGGUAUGUGUCUCUAUCGGUAUGUGCCUCUAUUGGUAUGUGCCACACUGUCUGUAUUUGCCUCUAUCGGUAUGUGCCUCUAUCAACGUGUUCCUCUAUCCGCAUGUGCCUCUAUCGGUAUGUGCCACACUGUCCGUAUUUUCCUCUAUUGGUAUGUGGCUCUAUCGGGUGUGCCACUAUCCGUAUGUGCCUUUAUCGGUAUGUGCCUCUAUCGGUAUGUGCCACACUGUCUGUGUUUUCCUCUAUCGGUAUGUGCCACACUCUCUGUGUUUUCCUCUAUUGGUAUGUGCCUCUAUUGGUAUGUGCCUCUAUCAGGAUGUGCCUCUAUCGGUAUGGGCCUCUAUCCGUAUGUGCCUUUAUCGAUAUGUGCCUCUGUUGGUAUGUGCCUUUAUCGGUAUGUGCCUCUAUGGGUAUGUGCCUCUAUCGGUAUGUGUCUCUAUCGGUAUGUGCCUCUAUUGGUAUGUGCCACACUGUCUGUAUUUGCCUCUAUUGGUAUGUGCCUCUAUUGGUUUGUGCCUCUAUCGGUAUGUGCCUCUAUCGCCAUGUGCCUCUAUCGGGAUGUGCCUCUAUCGAUGUGUGCCUCUAUCGGUAUGUGCCUCUGUUGGUGUGUGCCUCUAUCGGUAUGUGCCUCUAUCGGUAUGUGCCUCUUUUGGUAUGUGCCACUGCGUUGGGAAAAACGCUCGAACAUGCAAGCGUUUUGCGUUCGAACGCUAUUGUAACGCCCAAACCCUAGGCAAACACGCAAACGCAAGAGUGGGCUGCCCUCGAAAAAAAAAUCGAAAUUUUCGAAAUUUCGAAACCAGUUUGUGCGACGUGCUGGGAAAAACGGAAUGACUCGCCACCUCGCAAUCUCAAGAUGUCUUCCCAACUCCCAACCCCCGAAAAACACCCAACCGCACUAGACCACAAAUUAUCUAGUCAACCCAACCACUUCUCUACAAACCCUCUCUUCAAGAGAGAGGUAUCGUAGACUCCAACCAGCGUGCUAAACCCAGAUCGGGAUCUCACUCCUCACGUCAUUUCCCUAGAUCUCAGCGUGUUUCGUUUUUUCCAGCUCCUUAUUUCUUUUAUGCUAAGCUAUGGUUGACGCUGGCGUAACUCCUACUUCAAUGGCGACCAACGCUAAUGUUGCCUCAGGUGAGGCCUCAAGUUCUCCCCAAGUUAAGGAAGAUCGCACGCACAUAGUUUACCAGCACUUCAGAGUGCCCUUAGUUUCUAGCGCGCGCGGUAAGCAGUACGUCUGCAAGUUUUGCACGCACAAGUUUAGCGGAUCCGUGGGGCGUUUGGCUCAGCAUCUCACGAAUUGGAUGGGGGGGAGCCGACGUGAGGUGAAACUCUGCACUGCGGUAACAAAGGAGGUGGCUGAAGAGGUCCGCGCUCACUACGAGGCUAGGCUUCAGGAAGCCGAAGACAUCCGCUCCGCCGAGGCAGCCUCCAUUGAAGCCGUUAGCGGCCAUAAGCGCAGUCGCAUAACCGACUUCUUUGGCGACGAGAAGGCAGAUGCGAAGAAGGCUGCGGACGAGGCAAUCUGCCUCAUGUUCGCGGGCCUUCGCCUCCCGGAGUACCUCGCGGACCACCCUCUCUGGCGCUGUGGAGUGCAUCGGCCUCGCAGGAAGUGGCUAUGUCCCCCCUAAGCGCAAGAACGUCGGCGGCGCUGGCUUGUAGCAAUGCCGCGUGCGGAUUGAGAUGGUGCUGGGACCGGUGGUGGCCAGCUGGGUUCAUGGAGUGACGGUAGCCUCAGACAUGAUGACCGACAGAUGCGGUCGUCCGCAGGCCAACGACUUGAUGAUCAACGACAGUGGCGCCGUCUUUAUGGAAAGCGCGGAUUGCAAGAUGGAAAAAAAAAACAGGUGAGUACAUCCCUAGUAUCCUGAGGCCGAUAGCGGAGAAAGUCAGAGCGGAGAACAUAGUUGCUCUCUACAUGGAUGGGUGCUGCAACUACGCUGCCGCCUACAAGGAGAUCUUCAAUGAGUGGCCCCACACCGAGCAUGUGCCGUGCGCCACGCUCGUGCUCGACCUCCUCAUGGAGGAUGUGGGUAAGAUGGCUUGGGCCAAGGGGGUGGUCGAGCGGGGCGGCGGAAUCAUCGCUUACAUUCGGAAACAUCACUGGACGCGUGGAUUCUUGAGGAGUCCAGAGGUGCAUGGCGGAAAGGGCUUGCAGGUAGGCUUGAGCAAAACCGGGUAAUUACCCGACCCGACCCGGUUUUGCAAUACCCGACCUCGGGUCGGGUAAUUUCGGGUCCGGGUCGGGUAAUAUGCCCAGGACCCUUACCCGGACCCGGCCUUAAGGGGAUGGGUAAUACAAUACCCGCCUGGCGGGUCCGGGUAUACCCGACCCGGUUACCCUGA